CGGGAGUGACUCAGAAUUAGUCAGUGACGUCUUGGGAAAAGCGAAAGAAGAGGCUGCGAUCGAUUUUGAGAAAUACUAUUUUGUUGGACAAGGACGCUGGGACUUACUCACCAUAAAGGAGCUAACACUCAAGUGGCCUUGUGAAAGAAGAUGUUUCGCGAUUACAGUGGGAAUUACAGUAGCGCUUCUCAGUACACGAGUUCUGGAACUCGGAGCGGCGCUGCCGGUGGAAACCUGAACUUACCGUCUUCUGCUCAGAAGUUUGGACCUGAUAGUCCGUCAAGUGGAGGUCAAUUUAUCCCCAGCCUCAACACAAUUACAAGCAGCCAGGAACUGCAGUGGAUGGUCCAACCAAUCAGCACCACAGCCUCUGGACAGCUCCCAAGAUCUUUACCGUUCAGUUCAAUUGCCCCAUCUAGCUCAGCACAUUUUGUUCCUGCACCUUCUGGUAGGCCUGGGGUCAUCAGAGCAGUGGGGGUUGCCAGCAGCGGUCGCCGAAGACAUGAAGAACAUCUUACGCCUGAAGAAGAGGAGCGACGUAGGGUGAGGAGGGAACGGAACAAGCUGGCAGCAGCCAAGUGUCGCAACCGUCGUAGAGAGCUCACGGAAACACUACAGAAGGAGACAGAAAAGCUGGAAGGUGAUAAGGCUGUGUUGCAGAAGGAGAUUGCCAAUCUUGAGAAAGAGAAAGAAAAACUGGAGCUCAUCUUGGAAGCACACCGUCCUAUCUGCAAAAUUAUGGACUCGGACUCAGACUCGGACUCGGAUCUUCCCUCCCUAGGGCUCAUCAAGCAAGAGCCCCCCGACUACAUGGAGCCAGGCCCUUCCACCUCCACAGGCCAGAGGGCUUUUUCUGACAGAGCCAGAACACAGCCUAGAGAGAGGCCUCACCCAGAGAUCAAGGUGCCUUCCCCCAUGGCAUCUUUGGGAUUCCAGGAACCCGAGUCACUCCACACCCCUACUUUUGUCACUACUCCUUCUCUUACCCCUUUCACUACUAGCCUAGUGUUCACAUACCCCAGUGCCCCUUUGGACAGCAGUGCCUCGCCAUCCCACACCAGCAAAGAGGCUUGUGCUACAGCACACCGCAGAAGCAGUAGCAGUGGUGGUGACCAGUCAUCUGACUCACUCAAUUCUCCGACACUGCUGGCCCUUUAAAUACUCAAUGGUUUACCCAGUCAGCCAUGUUGCAAAGCUGUAGAGCUAAACAUACUCUUCUCUGUGAGACUGAGUGGUGUGUAGGCAUGGAGAUUUGCACAGGUUAGUUCCGUUCAAUGCACAUGUCUAUGUGACAAUGCGUGAAAUUUAACAACUUGCUGCUCCAUGGAAAGGUGGCUGUUCAUUCAGCCCUCCACCUUGCAGCUCUUGGAACAGCAGCUGCUCUGUUUUUAAUUUUUAGUGCAUCAGGAAUGCAAUAAGUCAGAAUGUUGACAUCUGAGAUUCACAUCAUGAAUCAUUUGUGCAAAUGACUUGACAAACAGAACAUUUGGAAACUUUACAAAGCCUGCUUGUCUGUCAAUGUCAGACACCCAUCCACUACCUUGAUAAGAAAUGGACUCUGCAAAAUAUUAGGUGACCCACGUUUGCUGCUCCUUUACUGUCUCAAUAAACAAAACUGCCAUGUGGGUUUGCCUGUGGAGCUUCAGGUAUGGAGCCACAAGGGGCACAUCAAACGUAGACGCUUGGCUCUAACGUUAACAGCCAUUAGUCACGGGCUCCCUAAGGGGAGAGCAGGCGCAGCUCAGACUUGAGAGCAUCACACCACAGACUUACACAUGGACCUGUACAUGACAAUUCCUUGGAUAGAAGGCCAAGCAAAUGAGUGCAUCGACUACCCAUUUACUGCUUUUAUUUUUUAACUUACUGAGAUUUUGCUUCCUGACAGAUGUUUGAUUUGUGAAAGUGGGUCAUUCAUCAUGAGGGCCUGAUUCAAUAUAUCCUUAGUGAAGCUAGCACGUUAAACUCUUUUUCUAUCUUGCCUUGACAAAAUAUGUAUUCACCUAUUUCAGAAUCAAUUGAAACACUAAAGUGUAAAAUGAAUUGCUUUGUGGUAGUGCAAACUAUGAAUGUUACAAUAUAAAAUAUAUAACAAAUGUGACUGGGACAGGCUGUUGAGCCUGUAUGGACAACAAGGAUUCCAGUGUGCUGCACUGGUGUCUGUCUUUAUUCCUGCUUCAUGCUUUGAGUUCAUUAAAUGAUUUUUUUCUUUUGUUACUGUA